UGAAUCACAUCCGGAAUGAGGGGGCACGAGGGGCGGAGCGCGCCCCGGAGGAGACCGUGCCUCCCCGCCUCGCAUUCCCAGCGCCAACGCCGCCAGCCGCCGAGCCACCCCUCUCACGGAGCCCACUGUGUCGCCCGCGCACCCCGAGCCCCUUCAGGCCAGAGGCUUCCGCAGGUGAUGGCGGAGGAGGGUGCGGGGGUCCUGGAAACUGUCGCUUGCCUGCCGCCCGUCCUCCUACAGGAGGGGGGCUUGCGCCCAGCCCCGGCGGCUUGGGCCCGAGAAGCCGGGGGUUUUGGCCAUCCCGACCCCUCAGACGACCUGGGGACUGCCCUGCCUGUCCUCGGGCGCCAGGAAGCGUCCUCUGUGGCGACUCAUCCUAACCUGGAAAACGGCCUUGUCAGGGGCGAGGCCCCAGAAACCUGUGGCGCAGUGGGAUUGGAGGUUCACGCUGAAGCCCGCGAGAAGGCCGAGGAAGUGACGAUUGAGGAGGGCGCCAUCUUCUUGGAGGAGGCGGAGGGGGAGGUGCAAAAGCAGCAGGUGGGCGAGGAGAUGGAGGUGGCUGAGGAGAUGGAGGUGGCUGAGAAGCUGGUCGGGGAGGAGAAGCUGGAGGUGGGAGCGGCGGCGCAGGAGGGCCCCGGGCCCCUAAACCUUGAUGGCCCAGUUGUGGACCCACUGGAGGCCAUCCAAUGGGAGCUGGAGGCUGUGAGUGCCCAGGCAGACAGGGCCUACCUGCAGCUGGAGCGCAGGUUUGGGCGCAUGCACCGCUUGCACCUAGCCCGUAGGAGCUUCAUCAUCCAGAAUAUUCCUGGCUUCUGGGUCACCGCCUUCCUGAACCACCCGCUGCUGUCAGCCAUAAUCAGCCCCCGAGAUGAAGACAUGCUCUGUUACCUGAUGAACUUGGAGGUGAGGGAGCUCAGACAUGCCAGGACGGGCUGCAAGUUCAAGUUCCGCUUUUGGAGCAAUCCCUACUUCCAGAACAAGGUGAUCGUGAAGGAGUAUGAAUGCAGAUCCUCAGGCCGAGUGGUGUCUAUCGCAACUCGCAUCCGAUGGCACCGCGGCCAGGAACCGCCUGCUCUGGUACACAGGAACCGGGAGACUGUCCACAGCUUCUUCAGCUGGUUCUCACAGCACAGCCUCCCAGAGGCUGACAGGGUGGCCCAGAUUAUUAAGGAGGACCUGUGGCCCAACCCCCUGCAGUACUACCUGCUGGGAGAUAGGCCCCACAGAGCCAGGAGAGGCCUAGCAAGGUGGCCCACAGAGCCCCCUUCUAGGCCCUAUGGUUUCCAGUCUGGCUAAGUCCUGCCCUGGGACCUGGCCCCUACCUACAUAAGAUUCCCUUCCACCUCCUGUAGACAUCUGCUUAGGCCAACAAUGGCACUCUGUCAUCUGCUUCUCUUCCAUGCACUCUGGCCCCUCUGGAUAUUAAGUGGACACAGCUCCAAGAUCGAGGCCUUCAUGACCAAGCUCUUAUUUCCAUGCGGCCUCCAUGCGUCACAGAAGUCACAGGCCACAGUGUCUAUCCAAGCACCCAGUGCUGUAGACAUGCACUGCCAUCAUCUUCCUGGCCCAUCUUUGAUCAUGGCCUUCCCACAUAUUUCGGAGGUGGGCAGCCACAAGUCAUUGCUGGAAGGACCAGUGUCUCUUCAAGGCCACAUGCUGGGCUUCAUAUUUAUGCUGGCUUUGCACAUUGGCUGUGGCAAGCUGUCUUAUCAUCCACGAUGAAGUGGGUGCAUUUGUGCUGGCUGUCAACCACACUUGGACAUUCUAGGCCUCAGAGCUUCAGGAUGACAGGCCAGGCUACCCCAGGCUCCUGGACUGUUGGGACAUCCGGUAGAAUGGGCACACAGCAGAGGGCUGUUGAGCAUGGGUGAGGUCAAGGACGUGAUGCAGUGGGCAACACAUUUUUGUAAUCACCCCGAUGUUGCCCAUGUUGGCCCUACUUUGCAGCCCGCUAUCUGUGGAGGUCUGUGCUGUACCUUACCAGUGUCUAGCCAUCAUCCUUCUCAUGAGUUUUGCCCAGGUUGCCACCAGCCCUUUUGCUUGCUCUCAGGUCUGUAAGGACAAGAGCUGCGAGGGGACCCAGCGUGGCCACCUGCAAAUGCACGAUACCCCCCAACCCCCCAGGAACUCUGCUCUGCUGGCGUAUCUGGGCGUGUGCUCAAGGCAGGGGCAAUGAAGCCUGUCUUCCUGAGCCCCAGUCCCUGGACUCCUACAGCAUCCAGCUCCCCCAGUUUCCCGGUUUUCAGGCUGCCAGGUUGGAGGUGCUGGGGAAGGGGUGUUUCUGGUCAUAGGGCCUACACCUUCCCAGAGCUCACUUUUUUUUUUUUAAUUUUCUUUAAAACAACAGCUCAGAAACAAAAUAAAUGGAAGUAGCAAGGAUUUUUAUAAACGGGUCGAGGAGGCGGCCUUGCUUAAUUUGCCUCUCUUUGUCCCCUCUGCUCCCAUGACCGUCCCCCUUCAGCAAGGUCUAUAAUCUUCAAAGGGGGACAGCGCAGGGCUGCUAAACAGAGACCAGGGGUACUAUCCCAGGGGCAGGGAUAGUUCGUUGUUUUGUUAAUGCUGUCUGUGUGUCCUUUUAGACUAACUUUAGCCCAGCUCUUUCUUCUGGCAGGUCCAGUCCCCCUCCUGGGAUGCUAUAUUCCCUUCUCUGGCUCCCUCAACUCUUUUGGGCCGCAAACACUUUAGAGGCCUUCCCUGCCCAGGCUGUCUGAAGUCAUCCUCUACCCCUUUCAUCUCUUCUCCCCUUCCCUGUUGGUCUGCUGCUGUUCCCCAUGAG